CCGGCCUCCAUUCAGUAGUUUCAUGAGGGUCUUCCUCAGUAUUGGCACUCAUGUCACCAGUCCAGUUAAACUGUGAGCGCAUAUUUUAUUUUUACAGAUAAAAGCUGUGUCUUUAUUUGUCUAUUUCCCCCCCUAACUGCUUGUUCGGGCCGCAGACGUUUAACUGUCACCCUAGCUCGCUGCUAGCGCUAGCAUGUCCGGCGGAGGUGUGAUUAGAGGACCUGCGGGGAGCAACGACUGUCGGAUAUACGUAGGGAAUCUCCCUCCCGAUAUCCGCACCAAAGACGUGGAGGACGUGUUUUAUAAAUACGGAAUCAUUCGCGAUAUUGACCUGAAAAACCGGAGAGGAGGUCCGCCGUUUGCCUUCGUAGAAUUUGAGGACCCGAGGGAUGCAGAGGAUGCUGUUUAUGGACGUGAUGGUUACGACUAUGAUGGCUACCGUCUGCGUGUUGAAUUCCCUCGAAGUGGUCGUGGAGGUGGAAGGGGAGGUGGUGGCGGAGCUUUAGGUACCCCAAGGGGACGGUAUGGUCCCCCGUCACGGCGCUCCGAGUACAGGGUUAUAGUCUCAGGCCUUCCCCCCAGCGGGAGUUGGCAGGACCUGAAGGAUCACAUGCGGGAGGCAGGUGAUGUAUGUUAUGCUGACGUGUACCGUGAUGGCACCGGCGUGGUGGAGUUUGUACGCAAAGAAGACAUGACCUACGCCAUCCGUAAAUUGGAUAACACCAAGUUUCGCUCCCAUGAGGGUGAGACGGCCUACAUUCGUGUAAAGAUGGACGGCCCUCGCAGCCCCAGCUACGGUCGCUCACACUCUCAUAGCCAUAGUCGAAGCCGGAGCAACAGCGGGUCACGCAGCUGCUCCCCACACCACAGCAGAGGAUCUCCUCACUACUCUCCUCGACGCUCCCGCUCUCGCUCUCGCACCUAGACGCACCUCCUAUGACAUAAACCACCAGCUCAUCCCAGCCGCUCGUCUCAGAGUGGAGACAACAGACUUCACAGAACAGAUCUCCAUGGACCAUUUGCUGUGUUAACUGUUUCCUGCA